GAAAGAUCGUUUUCUGAGUGUGGAGUGCUGGCAUCUCAGAAGACCAAAUCCUUAGGUAUCCUGAUAUUUGGAAAAACUUGAAUACAAUCCUCUCAUACUUUUAGAAGAACUUGCCUAAGAAAAUGCUUGGAGAAGCCUUCCUAACAGAAUUCCUUUACAAAGAGCAGAAACACGCAAAAAUUUGCAAACCACUAAGAUGUAAGAAAACAUCAGAUGAAAAGGAAAAUUGGGAAAAUAAUUUUUUAGAUAUACAGGACAAUUCAUCUCCCCCUCUAAAGAUGGGAAAUCAAGAGAAAGUCAUAGAAGGAAGUCUAACUGAACAAGAUAAUAGUACAUCUAAAACGAAAUCUGUGGAUGAGUCACCUGUCACAAAAUUCAAAAGUACACCUCUUCCAGGAAAUGUAUCCAUUGCAUUGCCCAUUCCAAAGAGGGGUCAUGAUGAAACACAACUGGAUUUAUAUAGAUCUUGGUCAUGUACAAGUAUUUGCCAGAAUUAUCCUGACCUUCAGAUAGGAGGUGAUCAUGUUAGAAACAUGUAUGAUUCUGGCUGCUUUGUAGAACACACGCAUGAUGAUGUUUGUAAUGGGCCUCUUUUACUUUCAGUGGAUAUACCAUUGGGCCAUUCUCCUAAAACUGAGCCUCUAGAGAAAACAUCCAGUUCAAAAUUAUUAAAUGGGGAUGAGAUUCGAGAAAAAAGCAUGCUAUCACAGAAGCAACCUCUCUCUAAUUCUAUGCUUAAUAGUUAUAUGGAAAAAAAGGUGGAUGAACUCUACAAACAGUUUUUGGAAGAAAAUCUUACCAGGUGCAUCUCUAUAAGCAACUUCAUGACUUCUAAUAUGCUGAUGAAUAAUGUUAAUCAAAUCAGCCUUCAAAUCUCUCAAGAGCAGAACAUAGAGGCGUCCAAAGCGCGAGAAGCCCUCCUCCACUCAUUAGCACUCUGUAAUCUUCAUAAUGUUUCCCACAGAAAUAGUAGUGAAUUAAGCACGCCUAAUUUACAAAUAUCAAACCAGACCAGUCGGGAACUUGUGUGACAUCUAUAGUGAGAAUCAACUAAAGAUUGGCUGGAUCAAAUAAGAGACCACAAUUAGUGGUCUAUUGUUUUUUAUGUUUCACUGAAUUUCCUUUGUGGUGGUGUUUCUUUUUGGGAAAAUGAUUUUAUCUUUGUACAUCUAAAUACUUGUAGGAGAUGAUGUAGAAUACCUGAGAAUUAUGACCAUUUAUGUUUUCUUUCUGUUUUGACACCUUCAGUAGUUACUACAUUCAAGUUGGUAUGCUCUCUCUGUAUGUAAGCCUGGUUUAACACAAAAGUGGUAUUAGGAGUUCAUAAUUGUAAGCUACUGAAGAGGUCAUAGAAGCUGUAUCUUAUUUGUGGUAUACAAGAUAAUUUACAAUGACAAUCAAAAUAUCCUGGGAUAUUCUUUUUGUAUAUGCAUACACCAUUUUCAUAUGUAGAUUAAGAGAAACUAUAAAAAUAUGAUUUGGAUGACUUUUGUAGGAAAGGUAGAGGAAAGAUUAAGGGAAAAUGGAGAA